AUGAGGGCUGCUUAUGCAGACGAGACAGCUAUCAAGUUGCCUCAUGCUUACCAUCAAUUUCUGCCCGAAAGCAUGAUAAACGUGGUCAGCCCAACUGCGGAUGUGACGUCUACACAAAUGUCUCCGGAGAAGUUGACAGCUAAAAAAAUUGAAGUGCUCCAGAAGUAUCGGGCUCAUGUGCUUACUGGCGAAAAAGCUCUGAAGGCAAAAAUAAAGGGGGCACUUCAAGAGACCGUGUGGAAUGAACUUUCGCCAACCCUUCUGAAGGGUCAGGAGUUGGAGCUUGAGCUAGAUCGAAUGAAAGAACUUUUGGACAAAUCCAAUCCUGUGGAUCGUGUGCUGUGGUUGACCCUGCCCGAAGUCACUCAGGCCCACCGAGAGCUUUACAAAGCUGUCGGUGAACUGAUCCAGUAA